CGUUGUCCGGCCACCGGCGCAGCGCCUAUAAAACGGCGGCCGGCCGCCUUCCAGGCACACACAGCCCACCAGCUCUCCAUCACACCAGACCAGCAACGCAGCGCUCCGCCGACGCCACCAUGUACAAAUUCUUGGUUCUCGCCACCGUCCUGGCCGUCGCCAACGCCGGCUACCUGGGAGGCUACGCCGCCCCCGCCGUGGCCUACGGCGCCCCCGCCUACGCCGCCUACGGCGCCCACGCCGUCGCCCCCGCGGCCAUCACCUCCCAGCACUCCAACAUCCUGAGGAGCUACGGCAACCUGGGACAGGUGUCCACCUACUCCAAGACCAUCGACACCCCCUACUCCAGCGUCACCAAGUCUGACGUGCGCGUCAGCAACGACGCCCUGGCCGCCCCCGCCUACGGCUACGCCCGUGCCGCCUACGCCGCCCCCGCCUACGGCUACGCCCGCGCCGCCUACGCGCCCGCCGCCGCCUACGCCGCCCCCGCCGUCGCCGCCCACGGUCUGCUGGGAGUGGCCUACUCCGCCGCCCCCGCCGUCGCCCACCUGUCCUACAGCGCCCCUGCCCUGUCUUACGCCUGGUAGACAGCCCAUCAUCAUAGCACCAUCUCAUCUCUGACUGUAUUUAUUUUGCGCUGCAUGUAAAUAAACCAUUUUAAAAGUAA